AUGCCGCCCUUCCUCGGCGCUCUGAUCAACUCCGGCUCCAUGCCGCCCUUCAUGCAGUCGCUCCUGGAGGCGGCGCAUGAGGCUGCCCGCUCGGCUGCGCCGCAUGUCGUGUCCGGGGCCAUCAUCGCUCGGAAUGUCGUCGCCGCUGGUGGUCUUCUGCACCUCCUGCAGUCCCUCUACCAGGACGGUCUGCGCGGCCUGACCUCUCAGGCCAUCGGCGCCUUCUUCGCCAUCCCCGGCGUGCAGCCCCUCGUGCGCUACAUCAUCCGCCAGAAUGUCGGAUCCACCAUCAAGAUGCUGGACAAGACCUCCGGCGAGGGCGGCACCGCCGACAGCGGCGCCCAGCUUUACUCCAUCCCGGAGAAGGGCCUCCCCCACGAGCAGGUUCUGGCCGAGCUGGCGGACAUGCUCAAGACCGAGACCGAGUCCGAGGAGGGCCGCCUCUUUGCCUAUGUCUACACCGACAAUGACUCCGAGCGGAAUGAGGCCCUGCGCAAUGCCUUCCACAUGGCGUGCGAGAACCAGGAGCUUCGCGAUGAGUCCCUGCGCAAGUUUGUGGCCCUGGUGUUCAACCAGUUUGCCCACACCAACGCCCUGAACCCCAGCGCCUUCCCCUCGCUGCGCCGCAUGGAGACCGAGACCGUGGCCAUGAUGGCCAGUCUGAUGAAUGGCGACUCGCAGGUGGUCGGGUCCAUGACCAGCGGCGGCACCGAGUCCAUCCUGCUGGCCAUCAAGGCAUACCGCGACCGUGCCCGCGAUCUCUCGCCGCACAUCAAGAAGCCCAACAUGGUUCUGCCGAUCACCGCGCAUCCGGCCUUCGAGAAGGCCGCGCACUACUUCGGCGUCGAGACCGUCUAUGUCCAGUUCACCGACGACUUCAAGGCCGACACCGCGGCCAUGUACAGCGCCAUCAACAGCAACACCAUUCUGCUGGUGGCCUCCGCGGUCCAAUACUGCCACGGUGUCUGCGACCCGAUUGCCGAGAUCGCGGCCAUUGCCCAGAGCAAGGGGCUGCCCCUUCACAUUGAUGCCUGCUUUGGUGGCCUCAUGCUGCCCUGGGUUGAGAAGCUCGGCUACCCGGUGCCCGCUUUUGAUUUCCGUGUCCCCGGCGUGACUUCCAUCUCGGCGGACUUGCAUAAGUAUGGCUUCGCCCUGAAGGGGUCCUCGGUGCUGCUCUUCCGCAAUGAGCAGCUCCGCCACUACCAGUACUUCGCGUACCCCGGCUGGCCGGGCGGUCUGUUCGGCUCGCCGUCCAUCAUCGGCACCCGGCCCGGUGGCAACAUCGCCACCGCUUGGGCCACCCUCCGGGUGAUCGGCUGCGACGGGUACAUGGAAACCGCGCGCCGGCUGAUGGAAGUCACCCAGGCCAUGAUGGCUGGUGUUGAGGCUACCGGGCACCUGCGCGUGCUCGGCAAGCCGGAGAUGACCGCCUUCGCCUUCUCCUCCAGCGACCCGAGCAUGAACAUUUUCUCUGUGGCCGACGCCAUGGAGCGCCGCGGCUGGAAGAUGGAGCGCCAGUCCGAGCCUCCGAGCCUUCACUGCUCGGUCAUGCCGAACCACAUCGACUCGCAUCAGCAGUUCAUCGCCGACAUCGCCGAGGCCGUCAAGGAUGUCAAGGAGAAGCGCGUGGCCGCCGACGGGUCGACUGCCGCCGUGUAUGGCAUGGUGAUGGCGGUGCCCAGCCAUGCGGUUAUCAAUGAGUUCAUCGUCGGCUUCCUGUCCGAGAUGUACAAGGCCCGGUAA